GGCCAGUCAGUGUGUAAAGAUAAAUGGUGGGGAAGAUACAAAAUCAUUGAAUCAAUAAAGAAUACUAGCAGCUGUUGUAUCAGGCAGCAAUUUGGCGGAAGAUAUCAACUGGCGGCAGACUAUCAGUGAGGUGUCGGAUGGGCGAUGAGGAUGACGAAGUGUUCCGGCCUGUCUCCCACUGCUGGGGCGCCCCCUUCAGGGAGAUGAAGUACGAGGAUAGGGGCACACAGACCCCCAGCCCUGCCCCGAGGCUUCGGGAUGGCCUGCUGCUGUGUGGCAUGUCUGAGGAGCCACGGAGACUGUUCUAUGGUAAUGCUGGCUUUCGGCUACACUUCCCAGCACUCUUUGAGCACGUCGGGGAGCAGGAGUGGGUCUCGACCCAGGACCGAAACUUAGACCAGGAGCAACAGCAGGAGCAACCAGGGCUGAGCUCGGAGGUUCGGAUUGGCCGGAAUCUCCAGCUAAUCGGAGACCAGUUCCACCAGGAACGUGUCCAGCUGUACCAGAGAACCCAAAGGAACCAACAGCCCUCCUGGUGGCACUAUCUGCUGUUCGGUGUUGCUGACCGCGGGAGAGGUGUGCUGAGGUGAGAAGUCCCAUCACCAGAUAAGGGACCGGAUUUCAGCUGGCACUGUGCGAUCGUACACAAGCUCGGAUUGGAAAAAACGAAUAAAUACGGAGGCGGUCCCCGCGGGACGGAGACUGAAUUUUCAGGACGUUUCUUUAUUUUCUUUUUACUUUUUGCUCAUUUGAAGAAGCCAUGUUGAGAUUUCAAUAUUUUGUAAGUUGUUUUUUUUUUGUCUUCUGGAAUCAUGAAAGUUGUCCAUUUUAUGCUGAGAUUGCCUUAUUGUCAGGAAGAAAUAAGUGGUGAGCACGAGGAGCUGCGAUACCGUGGGGCUCUGUCUAGAACAUUCCCAGGUGCACAGUGACUUUAACAACAGACACUUUUCCAAAGAGCCACUUUCUGUGAACAAGUUCCCUUCAACCUCUCAUUCCUGUCAGGUUUAUUUUUCCUAUCAUUCCUGUUCAGGUUUGUUUUAUUUUGAUAGUAUAUUGGUCAGAAGAGAUCCAUUUUAUUGUAUAAGGUAAAUAAUCUUUCAGCUAUUUAUAGAGAUAUUUAACUGCCUCCUGUUUUUUUUUUUUGUUUUUUUUUACGCAAGUGUCUGCCUGCGGGUUUUAAUGAUCCGGUUAUGUGAAGUAAUUUUUUUGUACAAAAAUAUUCUGGAAAUAUUUCUACAGAUUUUUAAGAAACCUGUGCUUUUAAUCAGAGAAUUAUGUAUACAGUAUGUGUAGGCAAUCAUUUCAGUCUCCUACAAGAGGCAUGCAAAAAAAAAAAAAAAAAAAGGUUCUCUGUUUAAUUGCUCUGUUGAAAAUUGAAGGUAAUUUUUUUAGACUCAGGCGAUGGCUUCGGUGAACAUAAACCACAUUUCAGGAUGGUCACUCUGACUCAUUAAAUACUGAACAGGCUGAGUUCUGAGCCGCACCAGCUGUGAACCAGGCCUCAAACUGAGAUAAUUUAUGUGUAAAGGCCAAGCAGGCAAAAUCGGUAGACUUUUCCCAUGACCAAUGAGCGCUUAUUAUUCUGUAAAGGAUGAGCAUGUCCACACAUAACAAGCAUGGCUUCUCCCCUUGGCCGAUGUAUAAUUAUCUCACUUAAGGGUGUGGUGAUCAUCACCAGGCAUGUGCAUGGCCGUCUAAAUGAGAUAACCAAGAACACCAAGAACUAUAACUAUAACGGUAACGAUAACGAUGUGAGCAUCCACACUGCUGAACAAUAACAUUCUGUAAAUACUCUCUCUGCCAUGUCAUCUGCCAUUUUGCAUGUGAUGCCCUGUAAAUUCGGUUGGAUUUUGAUUGGCUGUCUGUUUUAUUUUUCAUGCAGCUGAAAGUGAUCCCAAGGAUAUCGUUUGUCACUAUCAUUGUUAUAUUUGUGGUGUGGACUCCACUUGAGUUAUAAUGAUUUUGUAAAACAACAUAUUCGUAGCUAUCGUUAUAGUUCUCUUUCUUGGUGUUGAUGGGUCUUAUGCCCAACGCACUGCCGGUAUGUAAGGAUAAUUGGCACUCUGCCGUACUGUUUGCACUAUUUCCAUUCUAUUACUAUUAGGUGAAU